AACCCAGAAGAAGUCUCAAAAGGAUCCAGCCAACAGUAGACUAUUUAACUACACAUACUGUCAACUAAUUUGACAUUAAUAUGAGCAGCUUGGUCUUCUGUUACAGGUUUAGUAUACUGUAUACUGUAGAUAUCACACUAUUAUACCAUGUAAGAGUGCAUGUGGUGGCGUAGUGUUUAUACCCAUCAUGUUGUAGACUAGUAUCUGAGCCACGCAUGGGUUAAUUUUAGAUGUGAAGGUAACCGUGGGAAAGCAGCAGAGCAGCUCGGGCAUCAAUAGAGAAACAAUUAGAGCUGAACUCCUGCUCUGUACGCAGCGAUGUAUAUUGAUCGGGUUUGUGGUAGUUUUCCCUCCAUCAACUGUUAGUGGGCAUCUUUUUUUUUUUGCAGAGGAAUACUUUUCUCACACACCUUCUUUGGAUGUCCACAGCCGUAUGCUAUCACUUGAAGGAAGAAGACACACUCGAGCUGCCUUUCUGUGGCGCAUGUGGAGAUGAUGGGAAUCCGCUGGUGCUGAUGGGAAUCCGCUGGAUUUGAUGGGAAUCCGCUGGUACUGAUGGGAGUUUGAUGAAGCGGUCGAUUUCCUCUAACUGGAACUAGGACGCGUUUUGUUCUCAUGUCGUCCACGCAAGCGGAAUAGCCAUUAAACACACAGACGAGUGGACAUUUUUCAGGUACAGCUGACAUUUAUUUACAGGUCGCGCGUUUCCCUCCUGCUCAUUUGGAUCGGAUGUCGGAGCGCAUUUGAUUACGCGCGUCAUUUCCAAACACUGGAUUUUACUUUCCAAGGGAGAAGAUGCCCUUCCAUCAUGUGACGGCAGGGCUGCUGUAUAAAGGCAACUAUCUGAGCCGCUCUCUGUCUGAACGCAGUGAUAGCGACCAGCUGGCUAGCAUCUCUGCUGAGGAACUGGACGAAAUACGCGAAGCCUUUAGGGUGCUGGAUCGCGACGGCAACGGCUUCAUCUCUAAGCAGGAGCUCGGCAUGGCCAUGCGCUCACUGGGGUACAUGCCCAGUGAAGUGGAGCUGGCUAUCAUCAUGCAGAGACUGGACAUGGAUGGGGAUGGACAAGUGGAUUUCGAUGAAUUCAUGACAAUACUGGGCCCCAAACUUCUGUCCUCUGAAACACGGGAUGGCUUCCUUGGAAACACAAUAGACAGCAUAUUUUGGCAGUUUGAUAUGCAGCGGAUAACAUUGGAAGAACUCAAGCACAUCCUGUUCCAUGCCUUCCGGGAUCACCUCACAAUGAAGGACAUUGAGAAUAUUAUCAUUAAUGAGGAGGAGAGCCUAAAUGAGAAUUCAGGGAACUGCCAUACAGAGUUUGAGGGAGUCCAUCCAACGAAGAAGAACCGACAGACGUGUGUACGCAAGAGCCUGAUCUGCGCCUUUGCCAUGGCUUUCAUCAUCAGCGUUAUGCUUAUUGCAGCUAAUCAGAUGCUGCGUAAUGGAAUGGAAUAACAACGCCACUGUGAGCAGGGGUGUGUGGGCGGAACCUGCAUGUGCAUGUCCGUCAGAGACGUCAUUCCCUUCUGCCUGAACACGAAAAAAGCCUUCAACCUGCAUCCUUCAGACUUAGGAAACCAAACACCUCGUCAUAAGAACGGUGGAGUGUUUUCUGUCAGGAAUGGCAGCCAGCAGGGGCCAUGAUUUACUGAGUCCCAUCUCCACCUCACUGGCAGGGACUUUAAAGGGCUGACUUGUUCUCUUUUGUUUUUUCUUCUUUUCCCAUGUCAUCCCUGUUCCCUCAGCGCAAUAACCCGUAGGACUCCGCAAGAACCUCUCCGACAUCCAAGUUCUGUCUCCCAUUUUCAUCAACAAUGUGAUGAAGAGCUGCUUCUAGGCACAGACAUGAUGGAAAAUGGAACUUCUCACAAAGUAAAUUAGUAGUAGCCUCUUGUCUAAAUACUUUCUACUAUUUCCUGUUCAUUUUUGAUGAGCUUGUUUCUCCAUAUGAUCAGUAUGAGAAUCAAACCUGCUGAAAGAUUAUUCUUGAUAUUAUGUUAAUUCCAGAUCAGGGUUUUUUUUUGUUUUUUUUUUUGCUCAUGUGAUAUUAUUUGAUCUUAAAUCUAUUUGAUUCUAAAUCUGAUGUUUAUCUAAAGGCCAGUUUAUCUGUGAAUGUCCUUACAGAAACACCUCUACUGAUGCUCUUACAGUAUAUAUUUCACAAUUUGCCCAAACACUGGGACCAGGAUUGAUUCAGAGCUCGUUUGGUGGAAGCUGUGACACUGAGAGUUAUUUUCAAAAACUGCAGAGAAAUUGCACUAAUUUUUGAGGCGCACCAGUGCAGUAAUUAUAUCUGCAUCAGCGAGGUUCACAGCCUGAACUGCUGGAUUGGUAUCUUGGAUAUGAUAUAUUUUUCAUUCCAGUCCAUUGAUGCUACACUAAUUAUAGUAUGCUUCCAUUACAAUCCACCUACACUAACGAACACAAGAAAUGAUCAUAGCAUGGCAUUUGACUCCUGAUUGGCUGCUGACUCGUGAUUGGCUGCUUUUCUGGUGCAAUGGCGCUUGACAUGCCUGAGCUUGAAAUAUAAGUUCUUGCCAAAUCUGAUCCCAAAACACCUGAAUGAAUUUCUAUUAUAGCAUUUUACUGGACAACUAACAGCAGCUCUGGAAUAUCACAUUAUUCCACAUAAAGUAUUUUUCCACUACGAAACAAAUCCUACACACUGUAGCUUAGAGUUUCUUUACCUUCUUUACCUUCAAAACUCUGGUUGAAGCUACUUGUACCAAAAUAACGAAAGACUUGGUUGAGUCACUUUCUUUGUUCCAUGAAUAAAGAAAGUAUUGAGUCUCCUCUUUAGACCAAAGCAUGUCUUUCCCCCAACACCAGGCCCCAGGACCAAAUCACUUCACACAAGGUGCAGCUUGUUUUUGCAGACUACAGACCACCAUUUCCAAGUUUUCUGGUCUAUACACUGGUUAAAAAAAGUUCUUCAUGAAACAUUCCAAACAUAUACCAAUAGGAUAGUGUAGAAAUAAGUGUGGAAAUGUCCCCUGUCUUCAGCCUGUGGUCAGUGUAUCUGUCAGUGAUUUAAUGGCUCCAGAUCCCGGUCGUUCUAUGAGCUUCUCCUUAACCGCAGUAAACCCGCAGUAACCUACAGUGAUGUUUCAUACCAGAAACCUAAACUCUCUCAACUGAAACAAAAGUAUAGGAUCAACUUCUUUUGUGUCAGACUGUUUUUACCAGGUUUUUAAAGACCCUUUAUAUUAUGCCUGUGUUUCUCUGAAGGUUCUGUCUAACUGUAGAAUUGUGCUGUGGAUUUUAUGCCAUGUUCUGAAAUGUCAUCCAUAAUCACAUGCUUUUUUGUUUUUGUUUUUUUUGCUCGGUUUGAUAACUGGGCCUGUCUUUGUGCCUGAUGCAGCUCAUUUUGUGCCUUUUUUUUUUUUUGUCGUUUUUUGUCGUUGUUUGGUUUUGUUUCAUGAGAACUCCCGUCUCUUGUAUGUCCUGUAUGUCUAAGCAGCUUAUUCUCCCCUUCCGUCUUUCUUAAAGGACUUUGCUCCAUAACGCAUGUGACCUUGUAAAGCUGUGUACAUAGAUGUCUCUUGUAGUCACCUGUGUUAAGUGAUAUGUGUAUGCAUGACUGUGGACAGUAUUUUCUGCACAGAAAGUGUCAGUGGGUGCAGAGGGAACGGCUGAACCCGAUAUCAAUGCGCCAGCUCUCAGCUCCUCCAGUAGCCUCUGACUAAAGCCAUAUAAGUCUGCACAGAUGUACUGGGAAACAUGGGUGCAUUUUCUAUUCCUUUAACAGUGAGAACUGCUGAUGUUUGCCUAGAGAAACACUGUCAAUCUGUUGCACGGAAAGGCUAGUCCUCGAACGAGGAUUCGUGAGGUCCGUCAGUGACAGUGGCUCCAUCUGGUGAUCCAUGUAUUAACUAACACCUUACAGUAUUGAGUAUUGUGUUUGUCCUCAUGUUGUCUGUCUCAUUGGGAUAAUAACAUUAGCUUGUAGCAUUUGAUUAUAUAAGAGCAGGGAGAGGAAACGGGACACUGUACCAUAUGUGUUUACAUAAGUAGAUUAUUUUUGUUACCACCAUUAUGGAGUAAGUGUGUGUAAGUGUGAGGAACUAUAGCUAGACUGUAUUAAGGAGAGAAUGUCCUUUUAAAUGUGCUACACGUGUAUUAUAUUUCUGUGUGAAUGCUUCACUAUUUAUAAUGGGGUUGUUAUGAGAUGGAUAUUUUUUAAAAUUGAACAUGAAUAUCUGAAUUG